AUGUAAUAAACCCAAUAAAAAAAAGCUUUGGUCCCCAUAGCUUAAUCUUUCGAAGAAAUAGAAGCUGUAACAAUAAUAGACGUCCUUCGCCGAGCCGGUGUAGAUGUAACAGUAGCUUCUAUAAUGGGAAAAAGCCAUAGUUUAGCCAUUAAAGGCUCAAAUGGAAUCACUAUAGUCUGUGAUAACCACUUACAGGAUGUAAUAGAUUAAGAUUUUGAUCUAAUAUCUUUACCUGGAGGAAUGCCUGGUGCUUAACAUUUAAGUGACUGCCAAAUUCUCAUUGAGAAAUUAAAAAAAUAAUAACAAUAAGAUAAAUAUUUAUCAGCUAUAUGUGCUGCUCCUGCCAUAGUAUUGUAAAAACAUGGUUUUUUAAAUGACUAAGUAGCAGGUACUGCUCACCCUUCAAUUUAAGAUAAAUUAACUAAUAAAUCAUUAAUAAAUGAUGAUCUAAAUGUAGCCAUUACUGGUAAAAUAAUCACUUCAAAAGGACCUGGUACAGCUAUUGAAUUUACAUUAGAAUUAAUUAAUAAAUUAUUCAAUUAAAAAAAAGCUUUAGAGAUAGCUAAAAAGUUAGUUUUUAAAAAAUGA